AUGCACCUUCCACACGCGAGUCCCCCGACCCCUACGAUGGCGGACGUUUAUACCCACAUCCACGAGUACUAUCGGCAGAGUCACGGAGACUUGGUGCAGACGGGUUCACCGGCUGUACUUUGUUCGGCACUGCCUGGUCACUGGCGGUCGAACAAGUCCUUACCCGUGGCUUUUAAGGUUGUCGCCUUGGAUGACGUGCAAGAUGGCACAUUAGUUACUAUUAAAGCGGGAAAUGAUGAAAAUGUAAUGGCAGAAAUGAGGAACUGUACGGCAGUAAUGAAAAACCAAGUAGCAAAAUUCAACGAUCUGAGGUUCGUGGGUCGGAGCGGUCGUGGGAAGUCAUUUUCGCUUACCAUCACCAUCAGCACCUUCCCGAGUCAGGUUGCGACGUACACCAAAGCCAUCAAGGUUACAGUUGACGGCCCGCGAGAACCAAGAACUAAACAAAAUUAUGGUUAUGGUCAUCCCGGAGCAUUCAAUCCGUUUCUAUUGAAUCCCGGAUGGUUAGAUGCAGCAUAUCUCAAUUAUGCGUGGGCAGACUACUUCAGGCCACCUCAACUGAGAGAUCAAACGCUUGUAAAAGGUGGAGCUACACCAAUCACGACGGCACCAGUCGCAUUGCCUGGAGGUGAAUUAUUCCCAUUCCCACCAGCGAUGGCAGGUUUGCCAUCUGCGGGACUAAUUCCACCGCCUGGUGCAUUCCUUCCACCAAAUGGUCUGUUACCGUUCCCACCUCAUCCUGCGGAGCUUGCAUUAAAGACGCUACCACCAGAACUAACAUUGAAAAAUGGCAUCAAUCCCUACGAUGCUUUGAGGCACUUACAAAGCAAUGUUUCUUCAAUGGACACUUCUAGUGCACGUUUGUCUCCUACAAGCAGUAGACAAAGUGGAAGUCCGAGAAGUAUUGUAAACGCGAGCCCGAGAUCGAAGGCCGAUUCUAAGUCAGAAGUAAAUUCCACACACGAGGCGACCAUAUCUGACGAAUCAGAUGAAGAACAAAUCGAGGUCGUGAAAUCUGCUUUCCACCCAACGAGGCCAGCGAACGUUGAGCUUCAAGAGAUGAAACAAGUCCAGGCAGCGGAUUCUACGGUAUCCGAUCGACCACGAAUGCGUAAUGAACUAAAACCAACAUCCCAACGCACAACACGGGCCCUUUCCACCAGUCCGACGUCAACCAAAAUUACAAACGGUUCGAUAUCAACGCACAAAUCUGUAUGGCGACCAUAUUGACAUUUUUAGUGUAAGUGAUUUAAUAUCCGUGUGAAACGGUGUUAUUGAAAUGUGAUAAAACGAGCUUGUAAAUAUUGUAUUAUUAAAUUAAAUUCAGAUAUU